CCAGUCCGAAAAUUAAUUAAUCUGUGAAACACAGCGUCAACAGGUUCAUCCCUGAAGAACCUCCCCACCGUUCUUGCCUUUUUAAUUUUAUCAUUUUUUUAAUUUGGCCCGUGUUUUCUCUUUGCCUUGCCUUCCGUCAUCUUCCAUUGCUAGUCUUGCGCGAUGUGCCUGUCAAGUGUGAAAGAGCGGUAAGACGAUCUGGGAAGCGGGGAGUUGCGCGUCAGAGCGUGUUUGACCUGGUUUGUUGAUCGGAUGUUGGAAUUUAAAUGAAAUUUCUUGGACUUGAUCCGCAGACACGGCUGGAAUGUGCUGGGACAUUGAUUAUUGUUGAGGGAAUGAUUAUCGGCUGAGCGAUAUCGCCGUGUAUUGUGCGGAGUGGAGAUACUGUUGUGCGGCGGAAGAUUAUCAGCUCGCAGGAUAAUCGCGGAAGGUAAUCGUCUCAAUUCGGUUAUCAUCGUGCCAUGAAUUUGAAGCAUUCGUCUUGCGUUGGGUUGUGUCCGAGCCUUAUCAGUCGUUAACUGGACAUUGGAGUGCCGGCGUGUGGGACUCCAUGACGCCUGUUGAAUGUGGCAGUCGUCGGGUGCUGUCGGCGUGAUGGAGCCAGCGUAUCGUCAGCGCGAGCGGGAACGCGAACGGGACCGCUCACGCGACCACCGCGACAAGGAGCGCGGCCACAGUCGGGAGACGCGGGAGCGCGAUGUCCGCCCGGUCACCCAGAAGGACCGCGAUACGCUGCGCCAGCGGCAGGAAGCGCAGGCCGCCCGAUUAAAUACCCGCAACAACGCCAAUGUCAACGGGAUCGGCGCGGGAUACCAGGACGAUGGGAUGCCGGUGUUCCCCAGAGCCUCGGCGCUGGAUCACACCGACCCUACCGCGGAACGCACCCGGCGUCUCUUCGGUGACUUUGACGCGGUGCGCUCGCUGGUGAACAAGAAGGGCAUCGAGGAUCUGUCGGCGCUGCAGAAGACCAACGGCUACGGCCAUCUGGACUUCGACGCCCUGCCGGAGUACGACGGAGGGUCGCGGCCCCGCCGACCCUCCCGCAGCUCCUCCACCGGCCGCCACAGCAAUUCCUCGCGGCAUUCCGCCCAUUCCGACCGCAGCAGUCGCCCGCGCAAGCCCUCCGAGCACCACAAGGGGGGUCAUCAUGCCCCGCAUCCGGAGCGCAGGAACGAGGCUGAACGCGGCGGCCGCAAGGAGGAGCGGAAGGCCGUCGUCAAUGGGGUGGUGGAGAAAGCACCGAAAACAGUGCCCGGCUCCGACACCACCGCUAGCCACAUUCCCAUCGCCGAGGCCAUUCCCAGCCCGCAGUCUUCCACGUCGGACGCCGUAUUGGGCCCGAAACCCGCCUCCCAGUCCCGCUUGCCGUCGGCCUCGCCCGACGUGGAGGCCAUCGCCAGUAUCCUCCGCGAGAUGACCUUCCCCGCCAUGUACAAAACCCUCAUCUCGCCCCUCACCUCCCCCCGCCGGCCCUCCACUCCGCCACGUCCCCCGCCGACGGCUCCCGUCAAGGUGAUUCCGGAGGAUGCCAAGGAGAAACUGAAGGUGUGGGGUCUGGAUUUGAGUGAUAGUGAGACGUCUUCCGCCGACAGCGAUUCCGAUGAAGAGGGCGAGAUUAAACCCACCACGACCGCCACCGUCGUCGUCCCGGAGGUCCCGGUGGUCGUGGAGGUGCCUGUUCCGGUGGUGCGGGCGGAGACACCCGUGCCCCCGCAGUCCCCGGCUACCGAUGAGUCCUUCGGGUGGAAUCUGUCCAAAAUCGAUUCGAAAUUGACGCAGAAGAAGUUGACGCCGAGUUCCGUGGUGUCCACCGCGCCCAGUCCGGUGGUUCGGUUGGAGAUGCUGAAGCCCUCCCCGAUCGCGGAAUCGAACGGUUUAAGGGAGAUGGAGCAAGAGAGCGCGAAGAUAACGCGUCUGGAUAGCAUUGAAGAGGGCGAGGUCAGCUCCCGGGAGGCGUCCCCGAAACACUCAACGCCCCAUGCAUCCCCGGGCGCGUUGCUGGCCGGAUUAGGCACGCCGCUGCGCAACAUCGGCGCGGCAAUCUCCCCGAUUCCCAAAAGCGGGAAGAAAGCCAAAUCCCGCAGUAAAUCCACCUCCCGGAAUCAUUCCCGACGAGGUUCCCUGGAAUCCGCCACACCACGAGAAAUUCCCGCCGCAGUCGACGUCGUUUUAUCUGAAGAUACGGUCGAUGCGAAAUUUAGUCAGGAGCCGGAAAAAGUCAUUGUGGAGUCGACGUCUGGGGUGCUGGGCGGGUCUCCCGGGGACUCCGUGGCCAAUCAGACGAUGAUGCUGGAUGACGCGGAUAAUGAUAUGAUGGAUCUGGAUGAGGAUAUGGGCCCGUUAAUUGUGGAGAAGUCGGCGGUGUUGGUGGCGGCGCGGCGGUCGGGGUCGAAGGAGACGUCCCCGCCGAAUUGGGAGAACACUGUGCGGAAGAGUCCCUCACCGCCGGCGCCCGUGACGCCCAUUGCGCAGAUGGUGCAGCGGAUUCUCAAGUUGAAGCCGCGGGAGAAGCGCAACGGGGAGGAUUUCGUGGUGAAGAUCCCGUUGAAUUUGCUGGAGCGAAUGCCGUUGAAGGUGGUCAACGGGGAGAAGAACGGGAAGAACACGACGGAGGUGGUGGUGGAGAAGGAAUCCACUCCCGUCAAAGUCUCAACCCCGCCCACCGGCACCCUCCGUCUCCGCCUGCAGGUGCCGAAACGCGCGGCGCCGCCCGUCGCCCCCAAACCCACCGAAUCACCGGUUGCCACGCCGCCGCCUCCCACUCCCGAAAAGAAACCGAAAAAAGCUGAGAAACCCCCCGCCGCCGUCGCCGACCCCGUGGAGGCCCGUCCCGCUGCUCCGCCAACGGUGGAUGAGGCGCCACAGGACCUGCGGAUGGUCAAGAAGCCCCGCGCCGACAAACCCUCCGCGGCGGCUCCCCCGGUGACGCCCAAGAAGACCGCAAAACGUCGGCGCUCCCUGGACUCCUCCUCCGACUCGGAGGACAGUGUGGGCGGCCACAACGGGACCUCCGCCACCAGCGACGUGGUGAAGAAGACCCCCGGGAAGUUGGACAGUAUUUUGAGCAGUCUCCGGAAGCGGUCGAAGAACAGCGGGAAGGAGGGGAAGGAGACGGUCAACGGGGAGAAAAAGGAGCCGGUGGAGGUGGUGCCGGUGACCCGCGUGGAAAAACCCGCUCCGGUGCCUCCGCCGCGGACCCCGACACCCCCGGUGAAGGAGGUGGUGGCCCCCGUCCCGCCGGUGCCCCCGGAGACCCUGUGGACGCAGAUCCUGGCCGGUCUGGAGCCUCUGGACACCACCAUGAACUUUGAGCGGCAGCGGGGGCUGGCGCGCAAGCUGAAGACGGAGGCGGACCAGCUGGAUAAGCGAGAGCCGUCCACGCAGUGGAAGCGCUCGGCCAUCUACCUCCAGAGUGUCGUGCACUUCGCGCUGAUGGGGAAAUGCACGGAGAAGAACCCGAAACAAGCCCUGGAUAUUUAUCAAAGCACCGUGCACAUGUUGAACCACUGCCGCCUCCCCGGGAGCCCCAAAGAGGACACGACCCUCAUUGUAAAGGUCACGCGCUACCUCCACUUCCGGGCGUUGGCGAUAUUAUCCAUGAAGAUGUACGGGUUCAACGAAGAACGGUGCAUGAAGGUCGGCCGCAACAUCGACUACCUCCGGAAGCACCCCCCGGGGGCGGCCGCUCCUCCGGCACCGCCGACCAAACCCCCCGUCAGCAAAUCACCCAGUCCGUCCCCGGGGACCACCGCCUCCCCCUACAGCGUCGGGUCGACGGGCAGCGGCACCGGAAGCGAUAAACCGCCGGCGCCGAGUAACGGCCCCCCGGGGGCGGCGGCGGGGGCCGAUCUGCCGGGGCUGGGGGACUUCCACCAGCUGGCGUUCCAUCUGGUCAACGGCUGGUGGUACUGGAACCGCGGGCAGGAGCUGUUGGCGUUGAGCAGCGCGGAGAGUGCCGAGGUGAGGGCGUUUGAGGGGUGGUUACAAGGAACCGCCCCCCUGGAGGUCAGCGCCGGGAUUGAGCAGCUGGCGCGGCACCUGUACGCCGCGUUGUGGGUGCUGCGGGCCCUGCCCGAGGGGCGGUGACAGGGGGCGUGUCGAGGGGCCGUAUUAUCCGUUUUUGCACUCAGGGUGGUGUUUUUUCGUUCGUUCGGCAGAAUUUCGGUGGAUUUUGCAGUUACUGGUGUGUUUUUUUUUUGCUAAUAGAGAGUUUCUAAUUAAUGUUUAAUUUUUAUUUAUUUUUAAUUGUGUUAGUGCGUUUUAAAAGAGGGUUUAUUUAUUUUUUCGGUCGGUUUAUUUAUAAUAAUCGGGAUUUAUUCCGUGAGCGCAUGGUGGUGCUACGUUUAUACAGUCAGCGAAGAGUUUACAAAGUUGUGACAUGGUUGUUUAGACAAAUUUGAAGCUGUUUUUUUCCUCGGAUGUUUACUGACCGCUUGAUGUUUCGUGAAGCUAAUAAAUCGUUCUGAUAUUG